AUGUCAGCGUUCCCAGAACUCACAGAUCCGGUCCGCGUGGCCGUACUCAAGGACAUCUUCGGCGACAUCGUCCCAGAGGACCCCCUCUUCUGGGCCUUUGGAGCAAUCGCUGGUGUAAACGAACUGGCGUCCCUCUUGAACCUGAGAGCCGAGGAGAAAAAUGUCAUUUCUUAUAUAACCACCUGGACCAGUGUGUUAAAGAUUUGGAUAACCAACGGACGUAUGCAAUGGAACUGGCCCAGGGCGCAGCGCAGAGAUAACCACACCUGUCUGCUCACCGGCGCUACCGAUUCAAGCGUCCUAGGGACUCGCAUCUGCCGCUUCGCUUCGGGCUGUGAAAUGGUGCCCCCACCUUCAUUCUACCUAGCUAUCCAAAUCUUCUGGAACCGGCUGUGCAAGCUAUUCACCCAGAAUCGCGUCCGUCGCUGGGCAGCCGCAGUCGGACGGGCCCAAGGCAGUAUCGGCAUUCUCCAGAACAUGGUGUGUCUCUCCGAUCCAGCGCGCAGACUCUGGAAGCUCGGUCGGUUUGCGCUGAAGCCGCUCAGCAGGAGCAGUAGCACUCUUUCUGGAAUGGCUACGAGCCUUACGGUCGAGUUUCAUUGGAUUUGGAGACAGGGUAAUGAACGGUUUGCGGAGCCUCCGGUGCUGUUUAAUCACAGGACUGGGAACUGGAUUCGCUCGGGGGAUAUCUUCACUUUGUAUACGGAUGACCCUGUUUUCAUGCCGCUCCCGUCUGUGGACAUUUUGGAUAUGCAGUGGGUCCUGACUCGAGCUGUGGGCCUGGCGAGGGCGUCUCUUGGACCGAAGGUUGCACUCCUACUCGAUACGAAUGAUCCUGAGAUUGCCGAGGACGUCAGCGGUGAAAUGGCUGAGGAUGAGCCAGAGUCUGAGGAUGGAGAUGGAGAUGGAAAUGGUGGGGUCAGAUGGGAAACAGUGGCCUCGAUGAUCCAAGGCGCUGACGAUAAGCCAGCCAGGGAGGAGGAUCUGUUCGCCACGGUUGGCUUGUAUAAUGCUGCGUUGAACUUUGAGGAGCUUGUUAUUUUUCCGGCGAUUGCUGCAGGUUCCUCUGGUGUUGUUGAGAUCUGA